UUCGCUCAUCGUAACAGUCGCAUGUAACACGCGCGGCGGCGACUGCUGCCGUCUCUCUACUCUCUCGAUUAAUUAUUAAGCGCGAUGGUGAGAUGUAAGGCCAAUCGUAAGGCCAUGGCCGGACAAAGUUGCUCCAAGAAUGAAGCCAAGGAGCCCUCGGACCAGCAAGACUGUUGUUACAAGAUGGUGGACGACAAGAAGCUGCUGGGCCGUCACUACGUGGCGACGCGUCGCAUCGAGCGCGGCGAGAUCGUCAUCCGCGAGGACGAGCCGUUGCUCCAGGGACCGCCGCUCGAGACCGAGUCCAUCUGCCUCGAGUGCGGCGAUCGACUGUCGAGCGGCGACGAGGGCGACUUCCGGCCCUGCGACAAGUGCGGCUGGCCCCUGUGUUCGCAAUGCGAGAGCCACACCAAGCCCGAGUGCGAGUUCACCCAGAAGUACCACAAGAACGGCCGGGUGCAGACCAAGCCCGUGCCGAAGAUGGCCCAUCCGGCUUACAGGUGCGUGACAGUCAUCCGAGCUCUCAUGCUGAGAGAGACCGAGCCCCGAGUCAGCGAAAAGUUCAUGCGGCUCUCGGGCGAUUGUCGAGCUUCCGACAAGGACGACCAUCUGACCGUGGCCAGGUUCGUCAAGACCUUCUUUUCCAAGUACGAGGAGAGCGUGGAAGAGAUCGCUAAAGUGUCGGCCAUCAUACAGAUAAACGCGCACGAGUUGCCGAUCUGCGAGCCGGCCCAGAUAGCCGUGUACGACCUGGCCUCGUACCUCGAGCACAGCUGCCAGGCCAACUGCUCCAAGAUCUUCACGGACCAGGGGGGUCUGCUGAUCCGCGCCUCGGACACGAUCGAGCCGGGCGAGCACCUGUCCAUCUGCUACACGGACCCGCUCUGGAGCACGCAGAGCCGCCAGAUGCACCUGCAGGUGACCAAGAACUUCGACUGCGGCUGUCGGCGCUGCCAGGACCCGAGCGAGGCGGCGACCUACUUCAGCGGCCUGCUCUGCCCGUUCUGCGAGACCAAAGACGCGGUGAUGGUCCGAGAGAAGGUCGACGAUGGCACCGAUGGACUUGGCCAAGGCCAGAUGGCGGAGGAGAAACUCGAGUGCGCCAAGUGCCGGGACAAGCUGGACGUGGCCAAGGCCGGCCUCGACGAUCUACUGCUGGAGAUCGGCCAGAAACUCCACAAGCUCGAGAAGAACAGCGUCGAGGCUUGCAGGGGCUUUCUCAAGGAGCACGAGCCGCUGUUGCAUCGCAAUCACUACUACAUGGUCGACGUGAAGAUGGCCCUGGCUCAGCUCAUUGGCCAGGAACAGGGACGCGGCCUUGGCCAGAUAAGCACGGACCUGCUCAAGGAGAAGAUUCAGCUUUGCGACGAUCUCAGCGAGCUGCUUCUCACUUUGGCGCCGGCCGAGCAUCGAGCCAGAGGUACCAUCCUGUUUGAAUUAUCGGCGGCCUAUGCGGAGUACGCUCGACGCGAGAGCUUGCUCAUGCCCGUGUUGCUAAAGGAGUCGAAAAGAUCGCUGGAUGCAGCCUACGAACUGCUCAAGUAUGAGCCGGACUGUCUGCCGGAAGGCAAAAUCGCCAUGGCCGCGAGGAAGAAUCUCGAGGAGCUCGAACGCGUCAUAACUCGCUUCGAUAAGAUGCGUCUCAAUCCUCCAACGUUCCCGUGAUAAUUUCUGUAAAAUAAUUUAUGUUUAAAGAUGAACGAUUCAUAAAAUUAAGCAUAAGAAAAUGACAUGGUAUUUAUUUAUACCAAUAAGCCUUGUACAAAGAAUAUCAUUAUGAUAUUAUUAAUAAUUAUUAUUAUUAUUAUUAUAUCUGAGUAUAUAAGCUUUAUUGUAGUAAUUAAGCUUUAUCUGUAAACUGAUCCACAAGAAUCAAUAUAAAUUUUCGAUUCAAAGCAUUUAUUAAUUUUACCUGAUACUAGCGUUUUGCCUCGCUCAAUAAAGCUUUUUCGCAGAAAUCUUCCGGAACGAAGUCGCAUUCAAAGUAAAUAAAAAAAAAAAUUCGUCAACUCACUAUUAAAUGUAUACCGAAUAUGCUGCAUUCAGUUGAAUGUUGUUUCUACUCUACAAGUGAAUAAAAUUAGAUUUGAGUGUAUCAUAGAUGAAUAUUUGAGUUCCGCAGUUUCUGAAACCUUUUUUUCAAAAUAAGCACGAAUUCAAAAAAAAGAAAAUGAACGUUCUUGGCAGCACCUACUCGCAUCACACAGACCGAAAAAUAACAAACAGAAUACAGACAGAAAAAUUGCGUCCAAAUAACGUUUACGGAUAAUCAACAGCAUUACCAUAAACAUAUUCCUCUGAGCUUAUAAAGAAAUACUGCAUUCAGCAUUGAUGAACAAUAUACCAU